ACACGAUUCUUAAGAAGCCGAGAGAGAGAGAAACUACCGAAGCGUGAAGUGAGCUUUUGCAAGAACAGAUGUCCAUAUCCAUGGCGAUGUUCUCUCCACCCUUCUCUUCCUCUCUCCAGAACCUUCAUUCCGUCCCCAGGAUCUCUUUCUCUCUCCUCCCCACCAAGCGUCUCUCUCUCCUCUCCCUCCCUCGAGCCUCUGCCGACAAUGGCACGACCUCCCCCUCCGCCAUCACCGCCGCCGAGCCUCCCACGCCCGCCGCGGCGGUAGCUGAAGCGAUUCCGCCAUCUCCUCCGGCGGAGAAAUCCGCCGCAGAAAAUGGCGCCGUCGGUGGCGAAGAGACGGCGGUGGAGGCGACGGUGAUCAAAUUCCAGGAUUCGAGGUGGGUUGACGGAACUUGGGAUCUGAAGCAGUUCGUGAAAGAUGGAAAAACCGAUUGGGAUUCCGUAAUCGUUGCUGAGGCUAAGAGAAGGAAAUGGCUAGAAGAGAACCCAGAAACGAGCAGUAACGAAGAACCUGUACUCUUCGACACUUCCAUAAUUCCAUGGUGGGCAUGGAUGAAAAGAUACCAUCUUCCUGAAGCCGAACUCCUCAAUGGCCGAGCGGCGAUGAUAGGGUUCUUCAUGGCAUACUUUGUGGACAGUCUUACCGGAGUAGGGCUUGUCGACCAGAUGGGCAACUUCUUCUGCAAGACGCUCUUGUUCGUAGCGGUGGCUGGAGUUCUGUUCAUACGCAAGAACGAGGAUUUUGAGAAGCUGAAGAAGCUCUUCGAAGAGACGACUCUGUAUGAUAAGCAAUGGCAAGCGACAUGGAAAGACGACGCGUCUACCGGUUCUGACAACAAGUGAUAUGAUGUCGUGAUUAGUCAAAGCUAGAGGCUUUUCCAAAGGGGGAGAGUAAGGGGUUGUUCCCAUGUGUGUGUACUUCUCAAGUGUAUUACUGUUUUCCCUCAUAAAGUUUAAAUAUUUCCUCA